AUGGCUACAGGUCAGUCCAGACACUCAACUAUCACUGUUGAAACUGAACAGGCUAACACUAGUCGUAGGUCCUCACGUCGGUCAUUACGUAGUCCCAAACCCACUUAUAAUGUCAGUUUUUCACAAGAUGCGGAUGAACAUGAUGAUAGGAUACCUCCUAUUCAAAACAGUACAGAUUUAGAAUUACACAGACACACUCCAGUAACAACAGGUGCCCGUGUUGACCAUUCCAAUCCACACCCGCGUACACGCGACAUUCCGCACGCGUCUACAAGGAAACAAAAAGAACCCCAGACUUUUGAUGGUACCACAGAUUUCAAGGAAUACACCAUUCACUUUGAGCAAGUAGCUGAAUGGAAUAAUUGGUCUUCUGAGGAAAAAGCUCAACAAUUAAUAAUGUCCUUAAGGGGGUCAGCUCAAAGGGUAUUAUCCGAUUUAACACUUGGACACUCUAAAGACUAUGAAAAAGUGAAAUCUUUUCUCAUUGGGAGAUUUGAUCCCCCGGGUAGAGACAUUGCCUAUGGGUGUCAAUUAAAGUGCAGGAGUCGGAGAGAUACUGAAUCGCUGGUAGACUAUGGACAGGAACUUCGCAGGCUAGCAGCUUUAGCUUUUCCUGAUUUGGUUGGUAGUGCCAGAGAAAUUACUGUUAUUGACCAAUUCAUUAUGGGAAUAGGCAGUUUUGAGCUAAGGAAACAUGUACAAUUUAAACACCCUACAACUUUAGAAGCGGCAAUCACAGCAGCUAUUGAAUUUGAAGCCUUUGAAAAUGAACAAGUUACCAUACGCAAACCUAAGACAUAUAUAGAAACAGAUCAGGCCCAUGUACAUGCAUUUAGGGAUAGUGAGCCCCAGGGUUCCCAUGAGCAUGAAAGAGAUUUAGCCUCUCUGUUGCUGGAGGGAUUUGAAAAGCUAGGCAAACAAUUAGCUCAAACAAGGGGAGAUAACCCAAGAUACAAAAGGUGUUACAAAUGUGGAGAGAUAGGACACAUAAAGAGAAAUUGUCAAAAAGAGGUAGAGCCCAACUCAACUGUUCCAAAAAACAUGGAGAGGUCAAGCGUGGGCUCGACCCAUGGUGGUGAGAUUAAUUUCUUAGACAAAACCAUUAAAUUGGCGGGACAGAAAGUAGAUUUAGCCACUGACGGUUAUACUGGUUGUGCUCGCAUAAGAGUUAAAGAUACAGUAAAAAUACCCCCAAAUUCUGAGUUCCUACUCAAGGCCUAUGUAGAUGGAGUUCUACAGGAUUCAGGUGUAAGAGAAACUCAGGGUUUGGUAGAGCCCACAGCUUACGUAAUCAUCCAGGGAUUGUUAAUGGCUAAGACCCUUGUGGACCCUUGUAACCAAGAGAUAACUCUCUCUGUACUCAACUUGGGACAAAAAGGGGUUGGUCUCAGUGAAAACACAAUUGUAGGAAAAUUAAACUCCGUAGGUGCAGUUCAUACCAUUGGCAGUAGGGCAGACACUAAUCAGCAGCUCCCAGAACACUUGGUCAACUUGGUAGAAAAUGUUUCACCUAAACUCUCUCUAUACCAAAAACAAAAUGUCAGAAAUUUAGUUUCAGAAUACCAGGACAUUUUUAUGAGCCCCGAUGGGAAGUUAGGUCAGACAAGUGUAGUUGAACAUGAAAUAGACACAGGUGGUCAAAUACCUAUCAAACUACCAGCUAGGCGCUUGUCUCCCGCACAAAAAGAAACUGUUGAGAUAGAGUUAGACAAUUAA